UCUGCUGGAAAAGCAGCAUCUGAUGGAACCAGAAAGAGGACCUAGCAGCCUUCAGGCUCUGGCCUUAAAGCAGGAGACCAUGAAUGAGUGGGCGCCCAUUGCAAAAGAGUAUGAUCCCCUCAAAGCCGGAAGCAUUGAUGGUACAGAUGAGGAACCCCACGACCGUGCGGUAUGGAGGGCCAUGUUGGCCCGGUACGUUCCCAACAAAGGCGUCUCGGGAGACCCCCACCUCACGCUGUUCGUUGCCAGACUCAGCUUGCAAACCACCGAGGACAAGUUAAAGGAAGUCUUUUCCCGCUACGGAGACAUCCGGAAGAUCCGUCUGGUCCGAGACCUGGUCACCGGGUUUUCCAAGGGCUAUGCCUUCAUCGAAUACAAAGAGGAGCGUGCCCUUCUCAAAGCCCAUCGAGAUGCCAACAGACUGGUGAUCGACCAACGGGAGAUAUUUGUCGACUUUGAGCUGGAGAGGACUCUCAAAGGAUGGAUUCCUCGGCGGCUUGGGGGCGGCUUUGGGGGCAAAAAAGAAUCAGGGCAGCUGCGGUUUGGAGGUCGGGACCGACCGUUCCGGAAGCCUAUUAAUUUGCCUGCUAUGAAAAGUGAUUUUUACAGAGAGGGGUCGGUGGAAAAAAGAGACCGAGCCUGGUCCAGGGAAGGGACAAGGGACUGGAAAAUGCGGGACCGGGAUCAUGAAAGGAGCAGAGAACAAUGGAGGUCUGAAAGGGACCGAGUUCGGGGAUGGGGUGAGAGAGACCGAGAGCGGUAUGGUAGAGAGGAAAGGAACAGGGGAAGAGAGGGAAGGGACAGAGAAAGGAAAGACCGAAGUCGGGAGCACACCUCAAAGAAAUCGAGGGAUGAAGAUGGACAGUGAUAGAAGAUGACGUCUGAAAAACACCAGUGGAUUAUCUGAAACUGUGUAUCCCAAAAAAAAACCGAGCCCAAACUUGGAAAACCAUUCAUGAUGAUGGGCUGGCGUGUUCAUAUUUCCACUCCACCCCACGUUUGAUUCAUCAUCCUGUACCAUGUUGCAGAGUUAGUAAAUUCUUAAGCAAUUUUGUGCUCACUGUCUCAUUCUGCACUCUUAACCCUGUCUAAUAAACGUGGCCAAGCAUUGUAAAAUAGCAUAGCAAUGGCUUGGAUGCAGAGCUUGGAAAAUGCUACAUUUUUCAGCACCACUCCAAGAUCCCCCAGUCAGCAUGUCAGGGUCUGGGUGAAUUUGAGAACUGUAGUCCAAAAAGUAACUUUUCCUAGUGCUGAUGACAACAGUGUUUGGGGAUGGGUUCCAAUGGGUAGGAUAAAGGGGGGGGCUUUCCUUUUGUCCACAGGAAGGAAAAUUAAUUCUGGGAAAGCAGGGGGAAA